AGAACGAAACGUCAAACACAAGCGUAAACAACAAGCGAAGAAGAGCAAAAUAACAAACUCGCAUUUCUUGAUCCACUGUUUUUUUGUUCAAACUAAUGAAUAUUAGCAAAGAUUAUUGUAAAUUAAGGUGUGUUAAUAGCAAACAGUUAGAAUAUCGAUAGUUUAAGUGCAAAACAGUUAGCAUACAAGACCAUGAAGCCCCAGCUUUGGUACGGUUCGACGGUGCUUUACCUUUUGGCAGCGAUUAUCCCCUGCAGCCUGGAGGCCGUCGAAAUUGACUGUUCCGAGCUGCGUAUGGGGCAGUACCUGUGUCCGGAUCCCAGCGUACGGCACAUCGAUCCCAAGACCCAGCAGCUGCGUGGGUGCACCAAAGAGAACAAGGCCCGCGUUUGGUGCCUGGCCGUGGAGGGCAUCAACUGUAGCGAAACGAAAAACUCCAGCUUCACGCGGGAGAUGCCCUGCAAGUGGACCAACGGGUACCACUUCGACACGUCGCUGCUACUGUCCGUCUUCCUCGGCAUGUUCGGAGCGGAUCGAUUCUAUCUGGGCUAUCCGGCGAUCGGAUUGCUCAAAUUCUGCACCCUGGGCUUCAUGUUCCUCGGUCAGCUGGUGGACGUCAUUCUGAUAGCAACCCAGGUGGUCGGUCCAGCCGAUGGAUCGGCUUACGUAAUCCCUUACUACGGACCCGGCAUCACGGUUGUACGAAGCGACAACUGGACAUAUCGGUUACCGCAGGACAAUUGGUGAUUGUUGGCCAACGUUUUCAGAAAACAUAAACUAAUAAAGCACUGACUGAGAACGCAUACUUGGCCUGAGACGGCUCGGUUGCAUUAGCCUUAA